GCUCCCGGGCAGUUGCUUGAACAAGGCUUGGGUAACGCGGCUUCAAAAACUCCUCCGGAGCGACGUUUAGAACUGGCAUCUUCCAAAGGACGGUUGCUCCUGCGCUGGCAACUUUGGCUCCGCAGGAACGUCGUACACGCCGGAGGGCCCAGGCGGUGUCUGCAAAGCAUGGCGGCCCAGGUAGAUGGGGAGACUCCGAAAGAGAGAGGGGGCAGCCCCCAAUCUGCAGCCGUGACCGCUGGCAUAAUCGUCAUCGGAGACGAGAUCUUAAAGGGAUUCACGCAAGAUACCAAUUCUUUUUUCAUGUGCCGGAAACUCCGCUCGCUGGGGGUGAAGGUAGCCAAGAUCUCCGUCGUGCCCGACGAUGUGGAGGCGAUAGCCACCGAGGUGAAGUCUUUCACCGACAGGUUCACUUACGUCUUGACGUCGGGCGGCAUCGGCCCCACGCACGACGACGUCACCUUUGAAGCGGUGGCAAAAGCCUUCGGGGAGAAAAUCCGACCCCAUCCGGAGAUGGUAGAACUGGUCAAGAAAUUUUUCGGCCAACAAUCCAAGCCCGAAAGCCCUAAGAUGAAGCUGGCUUGCGUCCCCGAAUCGUCUCUUCUCAAUUACGGGGUGGACAAGGAGACGGGACGUACCUUCCCGUAUCCGCUGAUCAGCGUCCGGAACGUCUACAUUUUCCCCGGGAUUCCUUCAUUGAUGAAACGAGCCCUGGACGGUCUUGGACAUCUUUUCCGUAACGAGAAGACUCAGUUUUACAUCCGGGAGAUCUACGUGAACGUUGAAGAAACUCGGAUCGCGUCGGUGCUUAACGAAGCCAACGCCAGGUUCUGGCCUCGCACCAACUUGGGCUCGUACCCGGAUUGGGUCAGCAACUAUCACCGAGUGAAGCUCAUCCUGGACUCGGAUUCGGAGGUUGAUCUGGACGAGGCGCACGCUUACCUGAUGGAGAAGUUACCCCAAGGGGUGGUGGUGCCUUUGAUAGCCGAUCCCGUCUCCCGGGCCGCUACGGAUGUCUACGGAUUGGCUGAGUCCGGUUCUCCUCUUGGCCAGAAGGUGGCAGCGUCGCUCAGGACCAUCGAAAAAGGCUUGGAUAACUACAGUCUUUCCAAAAUCUGCAUUGGGUUUAACGGCGGGAAAGAUUGCACGGCCUUGUUACACCUUUGUUACGCCGCCGUGCAGAGGCGAUAUCCAGAGAAGUUGGAGCAGCUGCAGGCCCUGUACAUUCGUACGGUUCUUCCUUUCCCCGAGAUGGAAGAAUUUAUUCAAGUUACGGCUCAGAGGUAUAACCUUCACAUCCGCGUGGUCCACGGGAACAUCAAGGAGGCCUUGGGGAUCCUGAAGGGUCAGCAGCCGGACCUGGAAGCCGUGUUGAUGGGCACCCGCCGGACCGACCCCUACUCCUGCUCCUUGAAGCCCUUCUGCAUGACGGACCCCGACUGGCCUCAGUACAUGCGUGUCAGCCCUCUGCUGGACUGGACUUACCACGAUAUAUGGAGUUUCCUUCGCAGCCUUUAUAUCCCUUACUGCAUUCUGUACGACAAGGGUUACACCUCGCUGGGUAGCAUGACCAACACGCGAAAAAACCAAGCGUUGCGUUACACAAACGCACAAGGCCAGGAGUCCUACCGGCCGGCUUACGAGUUGGAAGACGAAAAAGAAGAGCGCAUAUCUCGCCAUUGAAUCCGGGAUCACGCCUGUAGCCAGCAAUGCUGGUUUAAGCAAGAGGAAGUAACCUUUUUCAAAGAAGGUGGAUCAGUGUCAGAAAAUGGAAUGCCUUCCUUGGAUUGGUCUAGCCCUCUUGGCAUCUUUCGAACUGAUUUUACGCCAGAAAUAAGACCGUGGUUCUGAUAUUCUCCGUUUUCUGUAUUGGAAUAAAAAAUAGAUGCAUUUUUUUCCAAUUCUCACCGGCCUUCCCUUGUCCUCAUUUUACUGUGAUUGAAGCAAGUCGAAAGGAUUAUUAUUAUUAUUGUUAU